AUCGUGCGCAGCAUUUGCACGGAAUUACUCGCGGUAUGCGUUACGGGACUUACUUAAAUGUAGAGGCAAGACAGUUAAUGAAUUUCGUUGGUUUUUUGUACGUGCGUAAGGAAAAUAAAAGUGAUUCGAAUUCAUUGUGGUUUGCGGUGUGGAAGCUCACGAAAAUAUAAUAAAAAAGUAAAUAAAAGAAAUCAUUUUUUUUUUUCGUUUUUAAAGAGAAAGAAGGCAAAGUAUGUGCUGUAUAUUUGAAGGCCAAAGGCUACAUAAAUGUUAUUUGCAACAAUAACAAACAUAUAUAAAAAAAAAAAACGAAAAUAAACGACAGUGACAAAAUUUUGAAUGCGUUGCUAAUUUGUUGUAAAGCAAAAGUUUAUAAGUAAUAAUAGCAACGCCAACAACAACAACAGCGGCGCAAUGAGUGAAUAAAUAUUUAUUUAAAUGAGCGAACAAUGAAAUAGUUAUGGGAUGAUUGCUUAAUCGAUACGCACGAAAGAGCAAACACACAAAAAAAAAAACGAAAAUAUUUAAAAGUGCAGACAGACAGUCGCGUAGGGACGCCGGUAGGGAAGCAAAGAACUAAACAUCUUAGAAACGACUUAUUGAUGUUUUUUUUCAUGCAAACCCCAUUUUAGUUGUCAAAGUGCAUAGAUUGUGCCAAGUUCUUGCCUAUAGCUAAGUGAAGGCAACUGUAAAAAUACGAAAUACGGUUUCGGAGUUAUUAAAAAAUUAAGCAAAUAAUUUGAGAUUAAAAAUAUUUUCAAGUAAUAGUUAAGUAAACUAAAAAUAAAAUAAAGCAGACUAAAAUAAAAGUUUUAUUAAAUCUAAACAGUUAACUUAUUAUAAGUGUGAUAGUAGUUAAGCAAUAAAGUAACAGAUCCGUGUGCGUGUGCUCCGUUUCCAGUUGCAGUCUAAAUUUUGGUACAGUGGAAGUGAAGAGCUUUUUUUAAAUCGCUUGCCAACGACUUUCACGCCGCAACACAAUGUACAAAAAUUGGCUAAUUUUAUUUGGCAUCAUCUGCUCGAACUUCAUGGUUGAAGGGCAACGCAACAGUUCCAGUUAUUUUGUAAAUCUCAACAAUUCAGCGGCUCCCUAUUCGCAUCCAUAUAAAAACUUAAAUGCAAGCGAUAAUACAUUUCCAGAAGCUAUACCACUCGCACGAUCCUUGAAUUCUAGCAGCUAUGGCUAUGAUGAAUAUGAAGAUGAAUUGGAUUUUGAGUUUAGAGAAAAGGACUAUGAGGUGUAUGAAUACUUGAGGCGCGUCUCGAUGAUAUUCGGUUUGGCCAGCAUGGCGAAUGGCAGCAAUGUGAAUGAGGCUUGCAGUCGACAUAUGAGACAUAUCCAGCAUGGGAUUUUGCGGAAGGAACCGUGGGCGAUGAAAGUACUCGACGCUUCGGCCACCAAACCGUCAGGCUUCGUUUUUGGUCAAAAUUUUUGGUUGGGCAGUCGGGAAGCAUGUGGAGCUGUCAAAAAUCCCGUAGCUAUUACGCUCUCCAAGAACUAUCAGCGCAUUAUGCAUUUUGCCCUCAUCACCGAACGUGCUCCCUUCGAUGUGGACUAUCGGGUUGUGUAUUUGCGCCAUCACUCGCCUUGGCAGGUGGAGAUCAAGAUGAUGUCUGAAGAAAUUAUACAUGUUGGGCUCUGCUUGCCCACCACCUGCACAUCACGUGAAAUCGAAGAAUUAUCCACAGCAUAUUUAGAGAGGGGCCUAUUUGUAGAGAGCGACAUCUACGACAUACGACCGCAAGUGGUUUAUGUAAAAGAUUUGAAAUUGAGUAAAAGUUUCUUUGAAAAACGUACUUUCAAAAUGAUGUCUGCGUUUCUGACGUUUACGGGCGUAAUGUUGUUGGCUGCAGCUUUCUUGCGCGGCAAACCUGUUUCAGAAACUAGCCGAGAGAAGAACACUAUGGCAGCCAAUGCUAAUGAGGAUGACAUUACUACACCAAACAUGACAAUUGCUAACAAUGAGGAUGCCCAGCCUUUACCAGACGUGCGUGAUUUUGUCAAAUGCUUUGAUGUGCUAGACAACUAUGAUAAGAUGUUUACCUUGAAGAAAUGUGUCACGCGUGAAAUUCCAGUCAUAAAUGGCUUGCGUUCAGUUUGUGCGAUGUGGAUUGUACUUUUCCAUGUGAUGUGGUACAUGUAUUUUACGGUAAAUAAUAAGGCUUUCCUGAUUUCCUAUGGAGAACGUAUUUUCCUUCAAUACGUCAGCUCGGCUCCGAUUUUGGUAGAUGCUUUCUUCACUAUAAGUGGCUUCCUGCAAACCUACAACUUCAUGCGAAAUACCAAACAGAUGGAAACGAUACGUAAUAAUAGUUUCAUUCAAAAUGUGAAGCAGUUUUUUAAAUUGCUCUUUCAUCGCUAUCUGAGACUAGGUCCUCUGUACUUGGUGAUGAUGGGCACAGUAGAUUUAUUCUAUGCGUACAUAGCCGACGUAUCCGUCUAUCACAUCAGUGAACGUUUCGAUGAGAAAUGCACACAAUUUUGGUGGCGUAAUUUGCUCUUCAUACAGAACCUCUACAGCCACAAUGAUAUGUGCCUCAACUGGACGUGGUCGUUGGCGUGCGAAAUGCAAUAUUUUGUGUUAGCCACAAUACUACUAUUCACCUAUACCAAAAAUCCACGUUUGGUUAAAGGCUUUACCAUGGCUAUUUUUGCCGGCACCAUUGCUUGGAGUUACUCGAUUGGCUUGGAUUCAAAAUUUCAGUUAUCAUUUGACUCGGUCUUUGCUACAGGUACUGAGAUCUACAUGAGCUCCUUUGUGCGCAUCCUACCUUACGUGGUGGGCGCUGCAACGGCCUGGUAUCUGCUGGAACGGAACUCACAAAUUGAGUUAAGUGAGACGAAGGAAAAGUGCAUGUGGAACCUGGCUAUAUUAGUAUUCUUCACUUGCAUCUAUUCGACCAUCAAGCGUGACAUGUCAGUGUUGUCGGCUGUAUCUUUAUUCAUUUUUGGGCGCUUUUUCUUCUCGCUGAGUAUUUGCUGGAUGAUUGUCGGUAGCGCGACGGGUCGUGGCAUCUGGUGGUCGCGCAUUUUGGAGGCAAAAGUGUUUCAGCACAUCAAUCGGGUGUCGUAUGGCAUUUACUUGAUCAAUCCAUUUGUGAUAGCGUUCUUCUUUAGCUUGACGAAUGCCAGCACGCAUGCUGAUCCGUUGAUGUUGUGUGUGCUGACAUCUGGUUUUGUGGUCAUUGUUUAUCUGGCAUCUGUGGUAUUCUCGCUGGCCUUUGAAAUGCCCUACUGCAACUGGUCUAGUUUGAUGCCAAAAGGCGGACUCAAACAGAAGCGCCUCUAGAUAUGCAACUAAUUUGUGUUUUAACUGUAAAUAUGUAAAUAUUUUGGCUAUGUUUGAAAGGCGCUGCUUAACGCUUAGAAAUCUUAGCGUUUACUUGAGUUAAAUGCUUUGAUUUUCGCUUUUGCUGUAAACGCCUUGACUAUUUUUUUGUUUGUAUUAAUUUUAUUGUGAUCGUUAUCCAUCCAGCUUGGUAGUUAAAUACGUUUAAAUUUUAAAUGAUAAUACAUAUAAGUUUAAGUUAAAUGGUAUAUGUAGUAGGUAUUAAAAUUGCUCACACCUAGACGAAUUCAAAUAUUUGUACUUUUAUCAUACAAUAUUUUUUAAGACGCUGAAUUUAAUGUACAUAUAUAUGUAUAUGUAUGUAUAUAUGUAUAUAGACGAAAAUGUAUAAGUUUACAUAUUUAAUAUAAGGAUGUACAUAGAUGUUCUUUUUUAAUUUGGCUAAUUUUGUAUUUUGUUUAUGGAACUGUAUCAAUCUAUGUUCAACAUAAAUAUCGAGCCCUAACCGACAAAAUAACGUAAGCAACAUUUUUUUUUUUAAUUUUCUUUUUGAUGCAGAAAUGCAUCUAGAAUCUA